AUGAAUCUAAAUUCAAUUUCACUUAAAAUUUGUUUGGUUUUAUCCUUUUUAGUGAUUGAAGAAAGUUUUGGCCAAUGUGGACAACAAAAGAUUUUAGUGAACAGAAUUUUUGGUGGAGAUUCGACACAACCAGGAGAAUAUCCAUGGCUUGUGGCUUUUUAUGAGCGACGUUCUAACACAUUUUUUUGUGCUGGAAGUUUGAUAAGUCAGAAACAUAUUUUAUCGGCGGCUCAUUGCUUUCAAAACAAAAGAGAAAUCAACAAACUGCCACCAGAAUUUGUUGAAGCUCAUCUUGGGAAAUUUAAUUUAAGUGUUCAAAAUGAAUCAAAUUCCAAGAAAUAUUUAAUUUGGGAAUUGAUUUUACAUCCUGAUUGGGAUUUUAAUCAUGAGAAAUUUGAUGCUGAUCUGUCAAUCGCCGUGACUAAGCAAUCAAUACAAUUUAGCAAUUACAUCCGCCCAGUGUGCUUGCCGUCUUUAAGUUAUGAUGAAAUUAAUGGAAUUGGAAGUGUCGUUGGGUGGGGAAAAAGUUCUGAGUAUGAAUUACACGCGAUAGUUCCUUCAAAAUUAAAUCUUCCUGCAAUUAACGCUUCACAUUGUUACACGAAAUUCCCUGAGUUGGCUGCGUUCUCAUCAAAUCGAGCAUUUUGUGGCGGCUUCGAAAAUGAAGGGAGAAGUCCAUGUUUAGGUGACAGUGGCGGUGGAUUUUACUUCGAUGUGAAUGACAUUUGGAUCAUUCGAGGAGUAAUUUCAGCAUCUUCAUUUGAUCCGAUAACAGGUUGUGAUGUUAAUAAGUUCUCAAUUUAUACAAACAUUCCUCGAUUUGUUGAUUGGAUAACCACAACUAUGAGUGACACGAAAGAAAUUAAAUGGAUUGAUUGGAUGUUCACAUGUAAAAGAUUUGACAACACGGAUGUGCCAAAUUAUGUCUUUUGUUAUCCUGCUGACGCUUCAAAAUCAACAGUUCGUAGUGUCAAAAUGAAAAUUCAACAGCCAUAUGAUGAAAGCAUUCUCACGAACGAUUUCCUUGAAUUGUGGAUGGGAGAAUCUUCUUACAUUCCUGCUAACAUUGGAGUAAUCUUCCGAAAGUUAAAAACACUUAGAAUUUAUGAUGAAAAUAAAAUUAGAACAUUUGAGAAAGAAACUUUUAAAGGAUUGGAAGGUUUAGAAAGAUUGGUAAUUCCAUCUGUUGAUUUCAUCGAUGACAACCUUCUCCAGGAUUUAUUUAAUUUGAAAGAAUUAAAAAUCACAACAAGACUUCACGCAGUUCCAAUGAACUUUUUAUCACGUGUAAGAAAUUUACAAAUAUUGACAUUAAUUGUGAAAAUUGAUGGUCCUAAUGAACAUAUUCCAGCUGUUGACUUCUUUUCAAAUGUCAGAAGUAUUGAAGAAUUAAAUAUUGAAAAACGACAUGACGAUUCAAAAAAGCUUUCAAUGUCUCUCGAUGCUCUUAAGCAAUUAAAUAAUUUAAAGAAACUUCGAUUCGAUAUUGUCGAUGUUAAUUGGUCAGAAAAUUCGCUAGAAAAUUUUAGGAAUUUAAAUGAGUUUACAUACUUUAAUGGAAACAUGACAAAGCUUUUCAAAAAUUUCUUCAAAAAUAAUUUAAAUUUGGAAGUUAUUCGGUUUUCUCGAAAUGUUUUUGAAGAAAUUGAAGUUGACUUUACAAAACUUCCAAAGCUCAAAAGAAUUGAUUUAAAAUAUUGUGGGUGCAUAUCAUCUGAGUAUAUCAAAGAUGAAACAACGAUGACGAUUCAAGAAUUUCAAGAUCAAAUUGAUGGAAGUUGUAAGAAGUAA